AUGACCCUUACCCGCCCCCGCGCAACCUCCCUCCGGAUCCCCAUCCCCGCAGCCCCAUGGCGCGCCGCUCGUCCCCCAACUCCUCGCCGAGCAACAUUCCCCCUCCCAGGCACAACAGCAACCUCACCCUUCCGCCUCACGAGCCCCAAUGCUCCGCCCAUCCCACCGCUCUCCUACUGGGACCCCGACACUCCUUCUCCACAAGCCGUCUUGCAGUCUCCCACAUCCCCAACCAACCCGUUCCUCACACCACCAACGCCGCGCUUCAAUCCCCACGCGCUAUUCCCCAUGGCGUCACCACUCCUUCCUGCAUCCCCGCUGUCUAUCUUCGACCGCACCAUUUCGCCAACACAAAGCACGCUCUUGAAGGCCAGGUCGCGACUACCGUCAUUGGCGUUGCAUCCCGUUACGCCGAUGACACCGCGGUUUCUGUUUCCGCGAACACCGCCUUGCCCACCGUUUGUAGUGGAGAGGAAAAGGUCUGUGGUGGAGUUGGUGCGGGUGGAGAGGGAGAGGAUGAGGGUGGAGUUUUACUACUUUAUUGCUGCGAGGAGAGGGCUGGAUAUGGAGUGUGAGGAGAAGACGGUUAGGUGGGCACAGAGGCCGUGGAGAAGAACUUUUGGUGGAGGGAAGAGUGAGGGAGAGGGAGAGAGGGAUAAGGUGGCGGUUAGGAAGAGAUGGUUCCAACUGUUGAGAGAUGUUGUGGUGUGCGGGUAA